UUUUCCAGUAACUUCCCAACAACCUUGAAAUGAAGGAACAACCUCAUGACAGGGCAGUGGAGCCCCAGGCAGUGGCAGAAGCGGGAGAGAACUCAGGCCUGCCUGGUUGUUGCCCCACAUGGCUACUUUUCUAACCUGAAGUCCUACAGUGCUCUGAGACCAAGAGGAUCGAUCAACGCCCGCAGUCCAGCCCAGGCGUCCAAACAAGGCAUCCGUCCUAGGACCCUGUAAGAGUCUGUGGUAACCACCCCCCGGGGUUCCUCGUGAGAUCUUGAGGGUGUCACCGCCCUCGAGCCGCGCCCGUGCCCCGCUGGACCCCGGACUGCAUCGCUAGGAGCGCCGCGUGUGCGGUUCCACAAGCAGGAGGCGAGCGGCGCCAGCGGCCUCGCGUGCACGGUUUGAAAGAGGGGAAGGGGCGCACUUCCGGCGUCCACCGGGACCAAGUUCAGAUCAAGCGGGAGUUCUUCAAAGAGAAAGUUUGGUGCAACAACAUACCCACACACCCACUUUCUUGAAGAGGAGAGGCUGGAACAGGAGUUCCUGACAGAGUCCCCUUAGCCAGCCAGAACGACUGAUUAGUAUGCUGCCUGCAGAGGAUGCAAAGAUGGAAAGACAAAGUCCCUGCCGUUAAGGAGAUUAGAAGCUAACAGGAAGACAGAUGUUCAAGCAAUUAGAGUAUAGUGUAAUCACUGUGAUGAUGGAGCAUCCUCCUCUCCCGCACACCUCUACCAAAAUGGCUGCUUUUGGACACACAUUCCCCUUCUAUGCUGGCCCCAAGCCGACCUUCCCAAUGGACACCGCCUUGGCCGUCAUCAUCACCAUCUUUCUGACUGCACUGGUCACCUUCAUCGUCAUCCUGCCUGGCAUUCGGGGCAAGAUGAGGCUGUUCUGGCUGCUGCGGGUGGUGACCAGCUUAUUCAUCGGGGCUGUGAUCCUGGCUGUGAAUUUCAGUUCUGAGUGGUCUGUGGGCCAGGUCAGCACCAACACGUCGUACAAGGCCUUCAGUUCUGAGUGGAUCAGUGUCGACGUUGGGCUGCAGGUUGGGCUGGGAGGAGUCAACAUCACGCUCACAGGAACCCCAGUGCAGCAGCUAAACGAGACCAUCAAUUACAACGAGGAGUUCACCUGGCGCUUGGGUGAGAACUAUGCUGAGGAGUAUGAAAAGGCUCUGGAGAAGGGGCUGCCGGACCCCGUGCUCUACCUGGCUGAGAAGUUCACCCCAAACAGCCCAUGUGGCCUGCAUGGCCAGUAUCGCCUAGCGGGACACUACACCUCGGCCAUGCUGUGGGUGGCGUUCCUCUGCUGGCUCCUGGCCAAUGUGAUGCUGUCCAUGCCCGUGCUAGCCUAUGGUGGCCACAUGCUGCUGGCCACAGGCAUCUUCCAGCUGUUAGGACUGCUCUUCUUCUCCAUGGCCACAUCGCUCACUCCACCCUGUCCCCUGUACCUGGGCACUGCUGUGCUGCACACUCACUGUGGGCCUGCCUUCUGGAUCACGUUGGCCACAGGACUGCUGUGUGUGCUGCUGGGCCUGGCCAUGGCGGUGGCUCACCGGAUGCAGCCCCACAGACUGAAGGCUUUCUUCAACCAGAGUGGAGGAGAGGGCUCAGUGCUGGAGUGGAAUCCCGAGGAAGGGGGAUUCCUGAGCCCCCGCUACCAGUCCACAGCUGAGAGUCCCGAGCCCCAGGACAUUCCGCUGUUAGAGGCUUCCUCUGAGACAUGCUGUAAGGAGGAGCACCCCAGAGAGCCUGACUGUGCUCCUUAAGGAUCCUCUCCGUGGUGGCCACUAGGACUUCCAUCUGGCUCCACAACUCAUCGGAGCCCCAUAAACCACCCAAACUGCCUGAGGGAUGGGUUGUAUGAGGCCCCCAGCUGGAAUCUGGAGGUGGAGUAGAAAAAGGAGGCUGUGCCUAUUGAUGUUAAAAAACAAAGCAAAACAAAAGCCCUAAGGGGCUGAACAGACGCUGGGUCUAUGGCCUUACCCUUACACCCUGUGGCCAUGGUAAGACCAAAUGGGGCUCCCCUGUUUCUGCACAGCAGCCCUGCCUUCCUUGAUGCUUUGCCUCUUGGAGGUACCACUUACUGAAACCCUACUUCACCCACAUAAUGACAUGUGUCUGUAUGGGGGGAGAUUUACAGUGUGAUUUUCCUCUGGUCCCCAUCAUCCCCCUGUACCUCUCAUCUUCCUUUUUCCUGGGUCCGUUUUGUUCUUUACUUCUCCAACUUGUAUGACCUCUCAGUACAAUGAAAGACAACAUUGGGAGGGAAAAGAAACCAAACUUCUCAUCCCAGGUCUAAUAUUAAUCAACUGCGCCACAUUCUCUUUGAGCUUCACUUCUCAAAUUUGCCAACUAAGAUGGUAGGACUUGCCAAGGACCUAAAAUAGUCCCAGGAUUUACAUUUUUAUGCCUUGCUGACAUCUACCUUGGGCCUCAGACUCCACCCUUUAGUGAAUAAACUGGAGUUGGUGAAUAAA